AUGCAUUCACUGAAGGUCUCCGCACUACUAGUGGCGCUGGUGAUUGCACUCAGCCGUUGGUCCUACAGCAGUUCGCCGGGCUACGUGGCGAAUCCGGAUGAGUAUGACGAUAACAACUGGUACACAUGCGACUACCUGUUGGAAGUUGUCGAAGAAGAUGGAGAGGAUGAAUUUGACGAUGGUGUAGUUGUUGCAUGUGAAUAUGUAGUUAGUGACUAUAACGACGCUAUGCGUGGUGGCAACAUGAGUGGCCUUCCUGUUGAACUCAGGCAGCGAUACUACAUAUAA